AUGGCAGCUGUGAAUGUGGGUGCGCUCAAGAAAAUGUUACCCAAGAGGUACAAGCACAGGGACUUGAUUGCGCAUGAAAUCUCCAAUGUGAUCUCCGAGUACAAGCACCUUAACCCUGCAGUGCAGCCGUACGUGUUCAAUGACGGUACUACUAAACAGGUAAUAAGUCUAUCAGGAGCGGUUCCGGUGUUCUUCCUAGGAAAGGAAUUCAAUAUUCCUGUGUGUUUGUGGCUCUUGGACAGCUAUCCCAAAAACCCACCGAUUUGUUUUGUGAAGCCCACCAGUGAAAUGAUGAUCUUGAUAGGCCAGUACAUUGACGCCAAUGGUGAGAUCUUCCUCCCCUACCUGAAGGAAUGGAGCUAUCCCCAGUCCGACUUGUAUGGACUGAUCCAGGUGAUGACAGUGGUGUUUGGCGAGGAGCCCCCAGUAUGUGUUUGCCCCCCAACACAGACUGCCCCUACUGCCGCACCAUUGAACCAGGAGUCUCAGCGAUGUCCACACCCAGAGUCUUGGAGACUGACAGAAGUUAACUCAUCCCUUGAUGAGGACCCAUACUUCACUUUGAAAGCAGGGGAUGAGCAGCCAUUUUCCUCACAGAAUGAAUCCCAUUGUUAGCUGCUGUUCCUACCAGAAUAACUUCCUUCAUUGCUGAGGACCCAUAAGACAAGU